CAGAAGCUGGCUGGUUGCAGUGGGUGAUGGCAAAAGCAGGCCCUCUUCCAAGGACCGACCCUGAAGUAGACCCAGUGCCCAACCACAGAUUUAGCCUGGUGUCGGGGGAGGAACCCUGCUGCAACCUCUCCAAGAAAGCCAAGAUCUGUCUGGUCGUCCUGUGUGUCCUGCUCGUGACAAUCAUCGUGGUGGUGGUCGGUGUCCUGUUGGGGAGGCCGAAGCCCAAGCACAAGGAGUGGGACGGGAAGGGCACCACUCCCUAUUUUCCCGAGAUCAUCCUGGGAAGAUGCUACGCAUUCACUGAAAUCCGACAGCUUGAGCUGAGGCAUAAAGACUGCCAAAAGAUAAGGAAGGCAUUCAUGGAUGCAUUCAUUUCUAAGGACCCUUGUAGCAGUACCAAACAAGACUACCAACCACUGAUAGAGUUGACAAAUGAAACUGUACCUUGCGGCAAGACCCUCUUUUGGAGCAAAUCAAGUGAGCUGGCACAUCAGUACACAAGGGUCCGUCAGGACUUGUUCACGCUGGAGGACACACUGCUGGGUUACAUUGCCGACGGUCUCAGGUGGUGCGGAGACGCCGGCUCCUCUGAAAUAAACUAUGGCUCUUGUCCAGAGAGGGGGGACCAAUGUAUCAACAACACAAUGUCUGUAUUCUGGGACACGGCAUCUAAAAGGUUUGCAGAAAAUGCCUGUGGUGCGGUCCAGGUGGUGCUCAAUGGGUCCAUCAGUGAUCCCUUUGAUAAAAACAGCACUUUUGGGCGUGUGGAAAUCCAUAAUUUGCGUUCAGAGGAGGUUCCUACACUACAAGCCUGGGUGAUGCAUGACAUUGGAGAUCCCAGUGCCUCAUGCUCAAAUCCCUCCAUAGAUGAUCUGAAAUCGAUUUUAAGCAACAGGAACAUUAAAUUUACCUGCCAGGAAAACUACAGGCCUCUCAGGCUUCUACAGUGUGUGCAAUAUCCGGAGGAUUCAUCCUGUUCUAUACAAUGAGCCAAUCAGCAUUGCGAUUUCAGAGCUUGGAACCCUUCUGGUACACAUCACUGUGCAUGAAUCAGGAGACACGCUGGUGGAAAGCCUACUUCCUGGCAUCCGAUUCCUUUGUCAGCAUGUCAGCACUGGAGACGGAUGCCUUUGCUCCCAAAGUCUGAAAAUAAUUAUACUGUUUACAUAGUUUUUAUUUUCAUCUCCUAAUAUUUAAGAGAAGUUAUAUAAAAUAGAAAUUUUAUUUUAAAUCAUUCCAUUUUUAUUUUUUAUGAUGCUUUUAUAUAGUUUUUAUGAUGGUUACAUUCUUUCUAUGGAAAAAUGACCCCACCAAAUUUCUCAUAUUGGAACAGUCAAAAAAGAUAAAGAAAGGUAGAUGUCCAAGCUUUUCAGAAAACAUUACAUUUCCAAAUGAAUGACCUUGUCUCAGCAUAUAUUUUGUACCCUUCCUACAGAUAAACUAUAAUGCCAUGUUUAUGGGUCAUAUUGAGGAAAAUAUUUUAUAGGAUAUAAACUAUCCAUGUACUCGGUUCUUUACCUGUAACCUUUCUAACAGCUCUAUGAGGUUGUAAUUAUUAUCUCUCAUUUGUUAGAUGAGAAAGUGAAGUUCAGAAAGGUUAUAUAAUUUACCUAAUGUCAUACAUUUAUUAUAGUUCAAGGCAGAGGCUGAAUUUGAACUCAGCUCUGUCUGACUCCAAAGUAUACGUCUCUCUCUAGGCCUGUGAUACCAAACUGACAGUGCCUUGUGUUCUCUUCCAAUAAAUGCAUGUUGGAUUCAAUGGCGUACAAUAGAAUCUGGAAUGUGAUUUUUCUGGAUAGCUUCAAAACAGAUACAUUUUUUUCCUCCUCUUCCUCUUCCUCCAAUUUCUCAUGUUCAGUGUCUUAUGUAUAUAAUAGAUAGUUAAAAUAUGUGUUGCUCAAAUGCUGGCGAGGUUGUGGGGAAAAGGGAACC